AUGGGUUGUGCCAGCUCGACUGGCGCGCAGGAAGCCGAAGUUGUGCUUGCAAAGAGCAGCAAGAGCCCCAAGACAGCUUUUGAUCUGCCUGUCAAGGAGGUGAAGCAUUUCGAAGAAGAUGAUGUGGAGACACAAAGCGUCAGCACCAAGGCUUCAACGUUCACGUCAAGCACUCACAGUGCCGCCCUAUCCGUGGAGCUGAUGGACUUGGACUCCUCCUGGGAUUUUGAGAAGACGCCGAUUGCUGUGCCAGAGGGCCUGGUCGUCCGCCGCCCGCCCACGAGACGGCUGCAUGAGAAGCAUGUGAAGAAGUUGAACAAGUUUCUGUCUGACGUGGAGCGUCGACCGCAGAUCCUUGGGGAGAUCGUCGGCAAAAGGCGACUUCCUUUUGGGGGGGAGCCCGGCGAGGGAGACCGAGGGGAUAACGUGGUCUUGUCCUUCUGA